AUGAGAACAAGUUUAUUAUUCAUUGCCUUGACCGCUAUCUUAUCCUUUGCUUCGACAAGCGAAGCAGUAUGUGUUAAUCAAGCAGUAUACGAUUCUUGUAAAGCUAGUGGGGAUGCUCAAUUUAGUGCCUGCGCAGAUAAUAAUUGGGGUUGUAAAUGUGAGGCACGUAAAGCCCUUCAAAAUUGUUACCUUCAAUGUCAGGACGAUAUUGAUAAAGUAAAUGAGGCAAAAGCUUAUGAGCCUGCGACGCAACAGGCCUGCACAUUGGCUGCUAGUCAAGCUUCAACUAUGGCAGCGGCAACUCCAACAGGUGUCGUUCCUAAACAACCAGUAGCUCAAAGUCCAACGCCAUCGCCAACACCUGAAGCGGCUAAACCAGAAGCCUCCAAUAAAAAUGAACCCGCCAAAACCGAUGAAAAAUCCUCCGCUAACGUCAACAAAUUCAAUGUUAUUUUUGCUGCCGUUCCAGUUGUUGCUGCCGCUGUCAUGAAUCUUUAA